AGGAAAACUGCCAAUUAACCCUAGAAACCCAGGGAGUGCAAUAACUGGGGGAGCAGACUCUGCCGCCAUUGGGUCAGGGGAGGGCUAAAAUGUGACUUUCUUGUAAUAUAUAGCUGGGAAAUGGUUAAUUAACUUGAAAAAGUUUGUGUGUGGAGGGGGCGUAGGUGAGGGUUUAAAUUGCUGUUUAACUGAAUUCCCCUUUUCUGGCUGGGAUAUUUUAUUUAUUUACUUCUUUUAGAAGGAGGGGAGGAAGAGGAUGUGUAUCAUAAUUUAUGUACCAAAGAAAAAAAAAACCCUGAUGUUCCAUGUAAAGGAGCUGAGUGAGUACAGGAAAAAUGAGGAGAGAUUCCAGCCAAUGGGAGCUGAGCUGAGACAGCUGUUAAAUAGGAGAGUGGGCUGAGGGAUCAGUUAGUUUGGAGCCCAAGAGGAGAAGGGAGACACUGGGAGAAGUGCACAAAAGAAGCAGAAAAACCAAAUUAUUUUCCAAGGAAUCUUUCAACUUCAAGAAACUGGAAACAUAAAAAUAUUUCAUCCUCCGUGCAAGACGAGAGCUGAACAAUUCCUAGAAUCUUCCCUUUGAGUUACGGGAAUCGCAGAGAACAAAACCCGGGGCUUUUUAAAGUAAAGAAAGAAAAGUUUUUGUUCUUAAAACUUCCAGUAUCUUGGAUUUCACCAGGUGAAGAUCUUUCCACUUUCUUUCAUUUCAUUUUCUAAGUUCUCCCCUGAGCUUUGAUCCCUUUCACAAAGACCGAUUCCUCUUUUGCUUUUUAAUUCGGCAAUUGGACUUUUUUGUUUUUCGGAAUCAUGACUUUGUCGGUGAAGCCGGUGCCUCCUGUGAAGGUGUCGUGGAUCUUUGUUUUUGCUGUUGCCUGGGUGCACGUGAUCGCUGCUCUCGCUGAGAGUUCCCAAGCCGGCUACAAGGAGGAAAUUGUGUUUCCGGAAAGACUCAACUCGAGCUUCCGUCAGGACCAAUCACUCUGGCCAGGGAAUGAGGUGCCCUCCGACGGCCACCUGGUUUUCCGAUUCUGGGCAUUCGGAGAAGAAUUGAUUUUGGAUAUGGAGAGGGACCCCAGUUUUCUCUCCGAAGAUCUGACAGUGCAGUACCUGGGCAGAAACAGACAGUCUGAUGCUAAUGGCCUCUCCGAACCCGGCAGCUAUUUCACAGGAUCGGUCAAUUCCGACCCAGAAUCUAUCGCCGCUGUCAACCACAAUGGAGCUUCUCUCGUUGGAGUUCUGCAGUACCGGGGGGCUGAAUUUCACAUCCAACCCUUGGAAGGUGGAGGACUGAACAGCGUAGAAGGUGCCGGGGCGCAUGUCAUCCGCAGAAAAGUUCCAAAUAGAUCCAACGGUCCCAUGUGCAAUGUAGGACCUCAAGCUACAGAGAACGUUUCCGAUCUUGAACCGAAAGACAACGUUGUAAAGUCCAGAGUUGCCUCAAGUAGAUCCAAGAGAUUUGCAUCUGUCCCUCGCUAUGUGGAGACGCUGGUUGUAGCAGAUGAGAGCAUGGCAGACUUCCAUGGAGCAGACCUCAAGCGCUAUCUGCUCACAGUCAUGGCAGCUUCAGCCAAAUUCUUCCGCCAUCCUAGCCUGAAGAAUCCGGUUAAUGUGGUGGUGACUCGGCUUGUUGUUAUUGGAAAGGCGGACAAGUCCCAGAAGUACGGUGGCCUAAAGAUGACCACCAAUGCUGCCGAGAUGCUGAGGAACUUCUGCGAGUGGCAGAAAGGACUGAACAAGCUGAAUGAUUCUGAUUCUGAGCAUUUUGAUACAGCGAUACUCUUCACCAGGCAGAACCUUUGUGGUAUGUCCACCUGUGAUACUCUGGGCAUGGCUGAUGUUGGCACUGUGUGUGAUCCUUCCCGAAGCUGUUCCAUAGUUGAAGAUGAUGGUUUGCAGUCAGCUUUUACAGCGGCACAUGAGCUUGGCCACGUUUUUAACAUGCUCCAUGACAAUUCCAAGCCCUGUGUGGAACUCAACCGCCCCUCCAGCAACACCAAACACAUGAUGGCUCCGGUGAUGUCCUUCGUUGACCCAGAAGAACUGUGGUCUCCCUGCAGUGCCAAGUUCAUCACAGACUUUUUAGAUAAUGGAAAUGGCCACUGCCUUUUGGAUAAGCCUCGCACUCCUCUCCGCUUACCGGUGCCUUUCCCGGGAAACGACUAUGACUCUGAUCGCCAGUGCCAACUGACUUUUGGCCCAGACUCUCGUCAUUGCCCAAACCUUUACACACCUUGCUCUUCUCUCUGGUGCACGGGCAAAAUCGAUGGACACUUCAUGUGUCAAACCAAACACUUCCCCUGGGCUGAUGGCACCAGCUGCGGAGUGGGCAAGACCUGCAUGAAUGGCCGAUGCAUCAGCAAAGUGGAGAUGAAAGCCUUUAACAUACAAGUUAAUGGUGGUUGGGGACCCUGGGGCCCAUUUGGAGAAUGCUCCCGGACAUGCGGAGGUGGUGUGCAAUUCUCCCACCGUGAAUGCAACAAACCUGUUCCACGCAAUGGUGGAAAGUACUGUGAGGGCAAAAGGACCCAGUAUCGCUCCUGUAACACCCAGAUAUGCGCUGUGGGCAACGCUCUGACCUACAGAGAACAGCAGUGCGCGGCAUACAACCACAGGACAGAUAUGUUCAAGACGUUCCCAUCACCGAUAGACUGGGUGCCAAGAUAUAACGGCAUCGCGGAGAAGGACCGCUGUAAACUUACCUGCCAGUCUCGUCCUCUGGGAUUCUACUAUGUGUUGGAGCCAAGGGUGGCAGACGGGACACCAUGCUCGCCUGACUCCACCUCCGUGUGUGUUCAAGGGCGAUGCAUCCAUGCCGGAUGUGACCGGAUUAUUGGGUCCAAGAAGAAGUUUGACAAGUGCAUGGUGUGCGGAGGGAACGGGUCUACCUGUACCAAGACCUACGGAUCCUUUACAAAGCCCAGAUAUGGCUACAACAAUGUGGUUACAAUUCCUGCUGGUGCCACCAAUAUUCUGAUACGUCAAAACAGUGGUUCAUCUUCCACCAGCGACGGAGUCUACCUGGCAAUAAAGAGGCAAGAUGGCUCCUAUGCUCUUAACGGCAAUUACAUCUUGGUGCCCUCAGAACUGGACAUCAGUGUCGGGGGAGGUGCAUCCGUCAAGUACAGUGGAGCCACAAAGGCAGUGGAGACCAUUGUUGGACGUGGUCCUCUCAAAGAGUCAUUGACCCUUCAAGCUUUAGUGGUCAGUGACCAGCGAGUGCCGCGACUCAAGUACACGUUUUUUGUUCCCAAGCCCACGGUUCGAUCUAGCCCGCCGAAAAAAGCCACUGAUGACUGGGUGAAACGAAGAGCUCAGAUCAUGGAAAUUCUUAGGAGGACAAGGAACAGCCACAAAUAAUUAUUACAAUGAGUAGACUCAGGAACACAACUGUCUUCAUUCACCAAGGCUAAGCCACGCAAGUUCUCAAUAUUUUAGGGUGGAGAAAGAAGUGUUUUGGAGACAAUGGACCUAAAACUCCAAGACCUAUAGGAAAGCACUGUGGUAAGCUGGUAACAAGGCUGGAACAUAUAUUAGAUAGUUUUAAGAAAGGGUUUGAUGCCUUUAUAGCAAGUGAGGAAGUACAAGGUUGCUGAAUUAUCUGGCACCCAUCAAAGGAUCACUGCUGUUUGGUUUUUUUUUGGUAUCAAGAAGAUAGUUGACUCCUGUGCCUCCAUGCAGAAAGGACAGACCUUUGUAACCGAAAACAAACAGACAGAAGAAAAUGAACAUAAACCUUAAGUAGAGAUGUUCCUUAGCCUAACCUAAAAGGAGGAUAAUUCCAUGGAUGAGAACUAGGCAUAUUUGAUGUUGCUGAGUCGAAAAACAAAAAGCCGCAGAUGUUGGCAGGUCCACCACUCGUGGCUUCUCUCCAGACUUCUUUCUGCAUUAACUCUUGCUCUGUUCCCUCAACGUUCUGCUUCUGCUGGGCAAUUCAUGUCAAAGGCACCGUGGGAGGGUCGUAUUAGAAGGUUUUCUUCAGGAGUACGCUGAGCUUCUUCUUCCAGAUGGGACUAUGUCAAUGUCUCUUGGUUACGACUCCAAGAAGCUGGACCCGCAGCAGCAAACUUACAUUGGACACAUCUCCUUGGACUGAAAGUAGGGUCUGGAAACCCUAACUUAUUAAUACGCCUUAUUUAAUAUAAACCUACAAAGACAUAGAACAAUGAAGUCAACGGGGAACAGCCUGAAACGGCUGGCAGAUGUCCUCCUUGGCACCUCAUAUUUCUGCGCAUGGUGUUAGCCAAAAAGGAAGGUUAGCUUGGUUAUUAUGAAUGUCUCCUACAGAAAUCAAUUUGGGCUCUCAGGGCUUAGAAUUAAUGGAUCUGCUGGCCCCAUUACUGGGCAACCUCACCUGUAGAACGUGCAAUGUUAGACCAGAGCUGGUUACGUGUUUCCCUGGGGUCUGCCCAAGAACAUGUUGCUGCUCUGAUAUAAUAGGGACUCGUUACAGCCGUCGCCUCGUUAUGAGGAAACAAAGGUGCUAUCGUGAUGAUCCCUAGAGGUCUAAAGGUGGCCCUGGGGCCGAACGAUCGGAUUACAAUGCUGCGAAUGGGCACCGAUGGGUCGCAGGACCUCAUCAACUAGCCGAUGCAGUCCUGGAUUGUAGAAAAAAAACGAACUUGACCGAUCGAUAUCUGGCCGAUUUUUGGCCUGAUAUAGAUCGGGAA